AUGUCUGCCCAAUAUCGCAUGAUGAUAGAAAACAUCAUAUUCCCUCGUUCAAUUCGGAGCGUGUCAAUUAAGAAUUGCACUCUCUGCGAGAUUCUUUUUUAUUUCUUCUCCUUCUUUUUCUUUGUCCAUUUCUUCGUUUUUAUUUCUUCUUCUUCAUCUUCCAUUUAUUCUUCCAUUUCUUCGUUUUUCAUUACUUUUUCUUCUUCUUAUUCUCCUUCUUCCGUUUCUUUUUUUUUCCAUUUCAUCUGUUCUUUCUUCUUCUUCCAUUUCUUCUUCUUCUUCUUCUUCUUCUUCUUCUUCUUCUUCUUCUUCUUCUUCUUCUUCUUGCCCCCAUGUCGUUUUUCGCUUCACUUUUUUCUACUAUCCCAUCUACACAUUCUUCCACUCUUUUCUUCUCUUUAUCCCCCUUCGUCUCCCUUCGAUUCUUUUCCUUCUCCUUCUCUCAUUUUCUCUCUUUUCUCUCUCUUUCUUUUUCUCUUUCUAUUCUUUAUGUUCCUUUUCUUCUUUCUUACUAACUUUUCUUGUCCUCCUUUCCCCUUUUCUCCUUUUUCUUCUCCUUAUCUUUUUUUCCUUCUUACUUUACUUUUCUUAUUUCUUCUUCUCUUCUUUUCCCCCUUCUUCCUUUUCUCCUUCUUUCCUUCUUCUUUUCCUCCUUUUCCUCUUUCUUUCUUUCCUUAUUCUCUUUCUUUUCUCCUAUUGUUUUCCUCCUUUUCUCUUCUUCCUCUCCUUCAUUUACUUCUCUUUCCUCGUGUCUGCUUUUCCUUCACUUCAUCCUCAUUUUCUCAAUAUAUUCUUUUCUUGUAUCUCUUCUUCUUCUUCUUUUUCUUCUUCUUCUUCUUCAACGUCUUCCUCUUCUUCUUCAUCUACUUCUUCUUCUCCUCUUCUUCUUCCACGUCUUCUUCUUUUCUUCUUCUUCCUAGUUUUUUCUUUUUCUUCUUCUUUUCUUCUUUUUUCUUCUUCUUCACCUUUUUCUUCAUCUUUUUUCAUCAUUUACUUCUCUUUCCUCGUAUCUGCUUUUCCUUCGCUUCAUCCCCAUCUCAUUAUAUUUCUUUUUCUGUAUCUCUUCUUCUUCCUCUUGCUCUUCUUCUUCUUUUUCCUCGUCCUCGUCUUCUUCUUCUACUUCCUUGUUUUCUUCUUCUUUUUCUUCCUCUUCUUCUUCUCUUCUUCUUCUUCUUCCACGUCUUCUUCCUCUUCUUUUCUUCUUCUUUUUCUCCUUUUCUUCUUCCUCUUCUUCUCUUCUUCUUCUUCCACGUCUUCUUCCUCUUCUUUUCUUCUUCUUUUUCUCCUUUUCUUCUUCUUCUUUUCUUCUUCUUCUUCUUCUCUGAUGUGGCGUAA